UCAUACCUAAUAGUUCCAUUUUCAGUGAAGAAUCAAUAAGAAGAGUUAUUAAGCUCCAUCAGCCUAUUCCUCAUAUAUUUAGGAUGUAAUUGAUGCUUGUGCAAAUUCUUUUUUUUAAACCCUUACCUUCACGGUCUUAGAAUCAAUACUGGGUAUUGCUUCUAAAGCAGAAGAGCGGUAAGGGCUAGGCAAUGGGGGUCAAGUGACUUGCCCUGGGUCAUAUAGCUAUUAAGUGUCUGAGGUCUAUUUUGAACCCAAGACCUCCUGUCUCUAGAUAGGGCUCUCAAUUCACUGAGCCACCUAGUCCCCCAGACCACAAGAAGUAUUUUCCAUUUAAGAAUCUUAAACCACCUUGCUUUUUAACUUUUUACUUUGUCAGUAUUUUCAACUGGGACAAUGAAAAAAGUAUGGAAUCAAUAGACUCUAUGUUGCAGAGAAGUGGAAUAUUAAGAUUCCUGUCUUACUCCAACCACUAGACCACAUUUUCACACAGAGGAAGUGUGGUGGGGAAGAUCCAUCUUUCCUCUUUAAAAAUUUUCUUUUUCACAGGAAAGGCCUGUUUGAUUCAGCAAUCUCCAUAGAUGAGCUGUCUUGAAUUCAUUAUUUCAUUAAAUCAUUAAAAAUUAGCAAUGGAAAUGACACUAAAGAAGAUAUAUUAACUUCUGUGUUGAUGUUAUUCUUAAAGGACCUCUCUGGGCCUUUCCAUCUAACUUGAAGCUAAAACCUCCUACACAUGUCUGUCCCACUUAACAGAAUUUGUAUUCCUGUAGAGUAGGGACUAUCUUGCCUUUCCAUUCGUAUCUCCAGUGUGCUUUGCACAUAUGAAGUUCUUACUAAAUUUCUUUUCCGUUCUUUUACUGAUUUAUUCAUUCCUGAAAGGUUGGAAGUUUGAGAUAUCAGAGUGCAUUCAAUAAAAACCAGGAGAGUAAAGGUAUAUAGUAAAUUGGCAUAAUUAGAGCGGGGCUAGGCUGCAGGGAAGUACCUGGGGGAAAAGGAGGGGACUGACAGGGAGGACUUUCCAACCUCUUAAGCAUUUAUCAAAAAGUUCCCUGUGAAUGACCCCAGUGGGUCAUCACAGGGAGUUUCUCAGUUGAACCCGCACACGAAGUUUAGGCUUUUUCCUCCUCCUAGGCAGGACCAGACUAGUUCUCUCUUUUUGCUCUGACUGUCUUGGAAAUUCCCUGAGCCUAACCCCGCCCCUGAGAAAUCCCCUGCCGGAGCUUAUAGCUCAGCGGCGCCACUGAGAUCUUCAGUUGUUCGGCUGUCGGUUUGACUGUUGCUUCCAGUGUUGCAAGAAGAGCCAGCCAAAGUUAGAACCGCCCCCUGCCGCUCUCUCGCCUUCCUCUCUGCGCUCACUCCCUGUGCUUGGAGCCCUGAACAGAGACGAGCCUAGUGGGUUUUUGAGCAGCGCCAUGUUUCACGCCUUGAGGCUGCCCCAGGAGGAGAACCCCCAGGAAAAAGACAUGGAGAGCCUUCGGGACGGGCUCAAAAAGGAAAGGCUUUUGGAUGAUCGCCACGAUAGCGGCCUGGACUCCAUGAAAGAUGAGGACUACGAGCUGAUGGUUAAGGAGCUGAAGGAGAUCCGGAUCCAGCCCCAGGAGGCGCAACCCGGGCCACCCCAAGAGCCUUGGAAACAACAGGUCACCGAGGACGGAGACUCAUUUCUCCACCUGGCCAUCAUUCACGAAGAGAAGACUUUAACCUUGGAAGUCAUCCGACAAGUAGCAGGGGACUUGACUUUCCUCAAUUCUCAGAACAGUCUGCAACAGACUCCUCUUCACUUAGCAGUGAUCACCAAGCAGCCAGAGAUUGCUGAGACACUCCUGAAAGCUGGCUGUGACCCAGAGCUCAGGGACUUUCAAGGGAAUACACCACUGCACCUUGCUUGUGAGCAGGGAUGCCUUGCUAGUGUAGGAGUCCUUACCCAGUAUUGCCAAACCCAGGACCUCUUCUCUGUGCUGCAGUCCACAAACUACAAUGGUCACACGUGCCUCCAUUUGGCUUCCAUCCAUGGCUAUUUAGCAAUCGUAGAACAUUUAGUGUCCUUGGGAGCUGAUAUCAACGCUCAGGAGCCCUGUAAUGGCAGAACUGCCCUCCAUCUUGCUGUAGAUCUACAGAAUCCUGAACUGGUAUCACUCCUUUUGAAGUGUGGGGCUGAUGUGAACAAAGUUACCUACCAGGGUUACUCUCCAUAUCAACUCACUUGGGGCAGAGAGAACACUACUAUUCAAAAGCAGUUGGGGCAGCUGACUAUGGAAAAUCUGCAAAUGCUUCCAGAGAGUGAGGAUGAGGAGAGCUGUGACACAGAGUCAGAAUUUACAGAGGAUGAAUUGCUUUAUGAUGACUGUGUGAUUGGAGGCCAGCGCUUAACAUUAUGAACUGAACAUAUCUGAAAAAGCAUGAAAUUCUACUGUGUAUAUUUGUACAAAAAGAUGUUUUAUUUUUCUAAAAAAAAGAUUUAAAACAAAAAAAAAGUUCAUACAUAACUAUGUAGGUUGGCUUGAAACACAUUCUGGUUAUCAGAAAGGGUGUCUCUCAUCCUGUCCUAGUGAGGAAUUCUUGGGAAGAAGGAAGAAGAUUGGAAAUUCAAAGAAAAUUUGCUAAGAGGCAUAUGAGGUUUCUGGAAAGUUCAUCCAGUGGUUUGGGUUCCCCAAAAGAGUUGCAUCUUCAUUACCAAGUAUUUUGCUGACUUGCUAACCAUGGAUUCUAAUGGCUGACUACAGAUCCUUUCUGUCAGAUGAACUGAAAGGAAAAUUUUGAAUUCUGCUAAAAGGAAUGGGCUUCUCAUCCUGUCAUCUUGUCAGUGAUGAUUACAUUUUGUAAAUAAUGUAUAUUACGUUUAUUUUGUUGGUAAUGUUUUGGUACUUUUAAGAUGUAUAUUUAUUAAACAAAUUUCUAUGUGCAA